CCUCGGGCGACUUUGCCCGCCACGAUCCUUUGCCCCAUGUGUUAGUUUGUACAUACUUGGUACUACGUAGUAGUAGAACUGGCGCAUGGGUAACUACAGUACCGCUGCACAUUCAGUCUCCCGGGCAGCCAGUCAGUCAGUCAGUCAGUCACAUAUCUCGCCGUAUGUAGCACGUAUAGCACUUGCAGCACUGUACUGCACGUUUCUUCCCCGAGCACGAAAGAAAGAAACACGACGGGGCUGAGAGAAAGCGGAAAGCAGCCGUGUGCCCUUUGCGAAGUUAGUACAUACGGACACUAGUUUCAGAACUGUCCGCCACCACAGGCGGCCGCCGCCGUUGCGCAGGCGAAAUGAGAAACUUGGCCAAUGUGCAUGCGACGACGUCGAGCAACCCAUCACCAGUAUUUACCCGUGCUUUGCUCGCCGGUUGUGCUCGGUGCGGUUCCGUGCCAGGCAAAGCUGGCUGGCUGUCGGCUGUUCGGUACACACAAAACGCACAGAAUGGGUUCGGACAGCAGCAACGCAGGGAUGGGAAUGGAUGGAUGGAUGAUGCACACGCCGCCGCCGCCGCCGCCGCCGCCGCUCGGGCAAGGCAAACGUCCAUGCCCACGACACAACCUCCAGCCAGCGCGCAUGCGCCCAGAAACCGACGACCUCGGUUCAUACUAACUUAGUAUCCCCAAUAUUUCGAUGGUUGCAUUUUCGUUAUGAUGCUGUUGGCCGAGUGGGCUUCCCCCCCGCCCGCUGUUCCUUUUUGACUUGUGUGUGUCGACAAUAUUGGCCGUGGCAGCCAAGCGCUCGCAGA